UUAGCCGUCAAAACACAACAGUUGGGGAGGUAAACAUUAACCAGAGCCGUGUGUUUGCGUGUCAAAGGAAGGUUUCACUGUAGAGGGAACAUGACGGCGGCUAGUUCUGCGUGGUGUAAAGGACAGAUGUUGUGCAGGUAUUCUGUGAAUCUGCACCAAGCGCCCAGGAGGUUUUCAGAGAGUAGCGACAAAGGCUGGUUCCGUUCCUUAUUUGUGCACAAAGUCGAUGCCAGGAAAGAUGCCCACUCCAACCUGCUGUCGAAGAAAGAGACCAGCAACCUGUAUAAAAUUCAAUUUCACAACGUCAAACCAGAGUGCCUGGAAGCAUACAACAGUCUAGAGGCUGAGGUGCAAAACAGGCUCCAUCGGGACCCGGACUACCCAUGUGAGGUGGUCGGAAGCUGGAAUACCUGGUACGGAGAACAGGACCAAGCUGUGCAUCUAUGGCGUUACAGAGGAGGCUACCCAGCCUUGACUGAAUGCCUCAAGAAGCUGAACAAUAACAAGGAGUAUAUAGAGUUUAGGAAAGAGAGGGCCAAAAUGUUAAUUUCAAGGCGAAAUCAGCUCCUCCUGGAGUUCAGUUUCUGGAAUGAACCCUUGCCCAAACCAGGACCCAACAUCUAUGAAUUGCGCACCUAUCGCCUCAAGCCAGGAACUAUGAUUGAAUGGGGAAACCUCUGGGCGAGGGCAAUAAAAUACAGACAGGAAAACAACGAAGCAGUGGGUGGGUUCUUCUCACAGAUCGGCGACCUAUAUGUUGUUCAUCAUUUGUGGGCUUAUGAAAGCCUCCAGUCUCGUGAGGAGACCAGGAACUCUGUGUGGCUGAAGGAGGGAUGGGAUGUAAAUGUGUAUUAUACAGUGCCUUUGGUCAGAAGCAUGGAGUCUAGAAUAAUGAUUCCCACCAAGAGUUCACCUUUACAAUAAGAAGAUGGCUGAAACUGGGAGACUCUCUUUCACUAAAACUCAUUCUCCCGCUGCCGGAGGAACGUGUAGAUUUUUUAAAAUCUGCUGGAUGAUCUGUGUUUCUUUUGAAGUAUGCAAACAAAAACAUUUUUUUUGAUUUUAUGUUUGCACAUGAGCCAGCUAGUCAUGACAAGUUAUAAUGUGUUUGUGUGCAUAUAUUUUGAGAAUCUUGAAAUGCUCACGUUUCAGGACAUUCAGGUCAAAUGUGUGGAAAAAAGGAAUGAUGAAGUGGCAAAAUGUAUACAAUAUGUAUUACAUUACUAGUGUGUGUGUGUAUCCUACACUACUGAGUGAUUACAUGAUUGUGGAGAGCUAAGUGGAGUAUGUUUUAAUCUUGAAUUAUGUCAAUAAACCGUGUAUUUGUUUUUCACAAUGAAGGAAAGGUCUCCAUCCAGUCCUGUAUUACACUUUUAAGACUAGAUGUGAAUUAUGCUGAAUGAGAUCAGACAACUGUGACUGAAGCAUGUUUGAUAAAUUAAACUUGACUACCUCAAUCAUUAAAA